AUGGCGGCCUCCGAACCAUUUCCUCUCCUCAAUACCGCCAAUGACCAGAGUGCUACCGCACGAGAUGCCAAUGGCAGUGCUGCUCGCCGUCGGAGAAAGUCUAGCGGCCUUGGGGGUGAACUUCGUGGCGACAACGGCGCUCCGUCCCUGGGCACCUCCUUCGCUCACAUGAACGCUGCCAGCGGGCAGCAGAUCAGGAAAUCCGACUCCAGGGACGGCAUCGGCGGCACCUCGAAACGCCAGUCCAAGCGACGCAAGGCACGAAGCUUGGCACAGAAGGCGACCAACUAUGCCAUCAAGCACACCUGUGUCCUCCCCGCCGUACUGAUCGCAAUCUUCCUCAGCCUCUACGCCAUCAACCCCUCCGAGUCCAACCCUAUCCACCACUUCAUCUUCCUUAGCUAUAAGCUGCCCAUCCCGGCCGACGCCUCCCCGGACACCGCUGCGCAAUAUGGCAAGGGGGCUUGGGACUUCGCCUUUGUCUCCUUCUACACUAUCGUCCUGUCUUUUACUCGCGAGUUCAUCAUGCAGGAGCUCCUAAGGCCCCUGGCUCGGUACGGAGGCAUCAAGAAUAAGGGCAAGCAGGCCCGUUUCAUGGAACAGAUGUACACUGCCGUCUACUUCGCCUUCACCGGGCCGUGGGGCAUGUAUGUCAUGAGCCGCACUCCCGUCUGGUACUUCAACACGACCGGCAUGUACGCCAACUUCCCGCACAAGACCCACGAGGCCAUCUUCAAGUUCUACUACCUAUUCCAGGCUGCCUACUGGGCGCAGCAGGCCAUUGUCCUCAUGCUGGGCAUGGAGAAGCCGCGCAAGGACUUCAAGGAGCUGGUGGGCCACCACAUUGUCAGCCUCGCCUUGAUCGGCCUGAGCUACCGCUUCCACUUCACAUAUAUGGGACUGGCGGUGUACAUCACCCACGAUAUUAGCGACUUUUUCCUCGCGACCUCCAAGUCCCUGAAUUACAUCGACCACUACCUCGUGGCUCCAUACUUCGGGCUCUUCAUGGUCAUUUGGAUCUACCUACGACACUACCUCAACCUGCGCAUCAUCUGGUCUCUGUUUACCGAGUUCCGCACCGUAGGCCCCUACGAGCUCGACUGGGCCGGCGAACAAUACAAGUGCUGGAUUAGCCAGUACAUCACCAUCAGCUUGCUCUCGGCACUGCAGGCCCUCAACCUCUUCUGGCUGUUCUUCAUCAUCCGCAUCGCCUACCGAGUUGUCUUUUUCGACAUUGUCGCCGACGAUCGCAGUGAGGACGAGGAAGAUGAGCCAAACGCGCUGGACGAGAAUGAGAAGGCCCCCCUACUGGCCAAUGGCGGAUCCAACGGCCACGCCCUCAACGGCAAGGCUGAGGGCGCCGUCAAGGCGAACGGCUCCCCAAAGAAGAGAUGA